AUGCCUUCUUUGUCAAUUGAAGAAUUAAGUAAAUGGGAUGAAGAAUUUUUUACCGAUCUAACUCAUUGCUUGGCUUCAACCGUUUUGAAAAAUUAUAAUGCAGAUGAUGCAUUAUUGGAUAAAACACAAUUGUUAAAACAUUAUCCACGUGUAUAUAAUACUACUGUGGAAAUUGAUGGAGCACCAAUAACAAACCAAAAAUCUUCAGGUAGAUGUUGGUUAUUUGCAGCCACCAAUCAAUUGAGAUUAAAUGCUAUGGAAAAAUUGUCUUUGAAAGAGUUAGAAUUAUCUCAGAGUUAUGUAUUUUUUUACGACAAAUUAGAAAAAUGCAAUUAUUUUUUGGAACAAAUAAUUGAUACUCGUGAUCAAAAGGUUGAUUCGCGUUUAGUACAGUACUUAUUGGAGGCCCCAACUAAUGAUGGUGGCCAAUACAGCAUGUUUAUUAACAUUGUUAAGAAAUAUGGGUUGGUUCCAAAGGAUUUAUAUGGCGAUUUGCCUUACUCUACUACAGCAAGCAGAAAAUUGAAUCAAUUAUUAACCACCAAAUUAAGAGAGUUUGCUGAAGUAUUACGUGAGGAACCAGAAGUGGGAAAUUUGCCAAUCUUGCAAAAAAAAUUCCAAAAGCAAAUUUUCAAAAUUCUAACAACUUUUAUGGAUGCGCCAUCCUCUAUUGUCAAACCAAAUGAGGAAUUUUCCUGGGAAUAUUUGGAUAAAGAUAAAAAUCUAAAAUCUUUGAAAUGUACUCCACUAGAAUUUGCCACCAACAUUUGCGGUUUGGAUUUGGAACAACCACCAGUUUCAUUGAUAAACGAUCCUAGACACCCCUACGGUGAACUAAUCGAAAUCGAUAGAUUAGGUAAUGUUACCGGGGGUGACGCUGUUUUGUAUUUAAAUGUAGACAAUGAUACCCUAACUGAACUGGUUGUUAAACGUUUAAAAAACAACAAAGCUGUUUUUUUUGGUUCUCAUACCCCUAGGUACAUGGAUAAAAAAAAUGGGAUUAUGGAUGUUGACCUGUGGAAUUAUAAGGCAAUUGGUUAUCAAUGCAACCAAUCGAAAGCUUCUCGUAUCAAGUACCAUGAAAGUUUAAUGACGCACGCCAUGCUAAUUACUGGAUGCCAUCUUUCAGAAAAUGGCAAGCCAGUUAGAUAUCGCGUGGAAAACUCGUGGGGGAAAGAUUCUGGUAAGGAUGGAUUAUAUUUGAUGACUCAAAAAUAUUUUGAAGAAUACGCUUUUCAAAUUGUUGUUGAUCUUGAUGAGUUACCAGAAAAUUUAAAGGAAAAGUUCACUGACAAAGAAUCAUUAUCUUCUGCUACCAAAAUUAUUUUACCUAUUUGGGAUCCUAUGGGAGCCUUGGCUAUUUAA